CAUUAAGUGAAACGUUAGAUCAAUGUAUUCCGUUAAUUAGAUUUUUUGAUAUAUCAUCAUCAGAUUAUUAUGAUUUUGUUAGACCAUAUGAUAAGAUUCUUCCAGAAGAUUUAAAUGAAGAUAUAGUUAAAUAUCACUUUAAGCCAGGUAGCAUUCCACGAUCAAUAGUUCUUCCACCACGAGAUCAAGGAAUGAAUUUGGAUUCAUUUAUUGUUAAACCGAUUCAUGCACGACUUAUAUGUGGAUGGAUAGAUGGAAAAAAUAUACUUGGACCAACAUAUGUUAAAGCGGCCUAUGAUUUUAAAUUAUUAGUUCGAGGGACACAUGAUGGGUUUGAUGCGACAACAUUUCAUUCUAGAUGUGAUCGUAAAGGACCAACAGUAGUUGUAUUAAAAUUGGAGGGAGUAGAUGAGAUACUUGGAGGAUAUAAUGCAGCAUAUUGGAGAACGGGGGCGGUUUACAUUCAAUCAGAUAAGAGUUUUAUAUUUUCACUGGGAGAUGGAAAAAAUUUACAAGAGGUUAAAUUGAGUAGGGUUCGCGAUUCAGCAACAUCGAUGUAUGGGCAUACAUCAUACGGACCACAUUUCGGAACAGCAGAUUUAAGGAUGUACUCGCCUUUUAAUAUUAAGGAGAAUUGUAGUUGUCAACAUGCGAGUUAUUAUAGAACUAUUACUGAACAUGUUAGAUUUGCAGCUGAGGAAUAUGAAGUUUUUCAAGUUGUUCAGAAACAAUAG